AUGUCAACAAUGCCACUUCGCAUGUCCAAACUCACUAGUCCGUUAAAGACGGCAUCCCUAAUCAUCUCACCACGUCUUUAUUACCCAACUCGCAGUCUCACGACCUUGGUAGAUUCUCACUUCAUCUCCCAAAUCACCGCCGCUGAAAAACUAAUCACCAAGCAAGACGAACCCUUGAAAAGCGGCCCCACCGCCCGCGCCCAGAGCCAUGCCGGCGGGGAGGUCACUUCGCAAGUCGUCCACGAUAUCACCAUGGGGGAGCGCACCGUCACCGGCCUCGACUCCCCCGCGCAAGGCGGGUCCACCUCCAUAGCACAGCAGAUUCUCGCGCAGGCCGUAGGAGCCACUGCCGGCGGGACCCAAUCCGCAUCUCGUUCCGGUGUCCUUGAUAGCGAAGCCGUCUCCAAGAUCACGGAGAAGGAGAAGGAUAUCAUAGGUUCUAGUAACCCGGUCAAGAAUGGUCCGACUGCUAAAGCAGAACGGUAUGUUGGAGAGCCCAUAAAUAGUCGGGUACUUCAUGACAUUACGGGGGAGUGAGAAGAAGAUCACGGGCGGAGCACGAAUGAAGGGGGGUCCUACUGCAGCGGCUCAGAGCUCGUUGGGAAGAGUCGAACCUGAAUGGAACCUAGAUGCCUUUCAUGUUGUGUCAAAUGGGGUUUGGUAUGGGCGCUUGGUCGCGAGAACUAC